AGUACACAUGUACUAACGUGCAGAAAUGACAUCCCGCAGAUUUUUGUAUUCAAUUAUUUACUGGCAAAAAGGGUAAAUACAAACAUUACUAUAUUUUUGUUGUAGGAUGGAAACGGUCUCCAUAAGAUGUGGCUUCACUUCAGCAACUUACGAGGCUUUGUACGCAGAUAAGUUUAAACGAGAACGUGAUCAUUUGUAAACAAUAUACUGGGGACCCGACAAAUCUCUCAUAUCGCCACAGGAAUGGAUCCUAGCAGCUGUUUUCUCGUUUUACUUUUCGUAGUCGGCAUUCAGGGACAAUGCUGUCCUCCUAAACAAUAUGUUAUCGAUGAAGACAUUGAUGCUGCAGUAAAGACACCAGACGGAAACAUAAAAAUUACAAGAGGAAUGCAGCAUGUGACAUAUGACUCAGUUGGAAAACGACUGGCUGUUCAUGGCGUAGAUUACACCAGAAACAUUAUCUCUGACGUCAUCAUGGACUAUCAACAGGGAAAAGAAUAUAUUUGGGCUAAUGGCGUCUGCAGUGUUAAACCAUUAGGAAACUUCACAGAGUCCUGUGUACCAGAGGGAGCAAAAUUAUUGCAGAAAUCGUACAUGGGGCAGCCGCCAAACGAAAUUCCGGUACAAAUGUACUUUUUCCAGAGAGAUGCAAAUGAUAUGUACGUCAGUGUCACUGAAGAAUGCAUUCCAAUGGAGGCACACUUUUCAAGUGAGACGAAGGGCUACAUUGAAUUUGUUGUGUACUCAAAUUUUACACAGGGAAUCUCCGACAUGAGUGUGUUCACUCCUCCCGACAUUUGUCAACAUCAAGGAAUGAAAUCUCCUCACGUCGCCGGCCCGCGAAGAAGAAUGAUAUUUCUGUGAUCAACAUUUUAGAACAAAUGUCAACCUUCCUGAUUUUCCGUGAAACGGAAAAUACUGCUAGAAUAAAUAUUCUUUAUGAUUAGUGAAAA